UUAUUUUGAAGUACCUAACAGGAAGUGUGUAAAACGCUUUGAUUUUGACGCACUGAACUCCUAGAAUCUGCGGCACAAUAUCAGAAUCAGCACCUGAACCACCGACAAAGACCGCAUAAGGAAAAAAUAAAAUACAGGAUUCAGAUUAAUUUCCAACCGGAUACAGUCUGUUGCAGACACAAUGGAGAAAUCCAGCAGCAUGUACGACUCCUUCCUCUUCUGGAGGCAGCCAAUCCCAGCUCUGGAUCUGUCCGAGCUGGAAGACCUGGGACUGACCGACUCCAUGAGAAGCAGCAAAACAAACAAGAUGUGGAGUCAGGAUGACAAGCAGGAGCUGUCAGAGUUCUCCUCCUUCAACUACUGGAGAGCUCCCAUCGCUGACGUGGACUCUCUACUGGCUGACCUCAACCUGCUGCUCUAAAGCCAUCACAAUCUGACCCCAGAUCAAACCUGCAUCAUCUGAUUCAGCCUAACAUCAGUAGAUCUGUGACCCGUAUUUAAAUGUCCUGUUUAAACCAACAAGCUAGUACAUUUUUUAUUAAUAUGGAGUUGACAUAAAUUGGGCCUGUUGAUCUAUUAGUCUUCUUAAAUGUAUUAAUCUGAAUUAAGAAGAUAUUCAAAAUAUUGAAACAAACUGAAGGUCCGAAUGAACUUAAUAGAGUAAUAGAAACACUACAUCACUUAUUACAGCCAUUGAUGAUCAAAUAUGGUGCUUUGGGGUAUAAUUUAUUUUAAAAUCAUUGAUUCUUACCUUAUGGUAAAUUAAUGCAUGACACACUAACUGAGUUUUGGAGAUUUGAACUUUGUUUUCUGCAGAAUUAAAGCAAAAAGUGACCUUAAACUUCCUGGUUUAUGUCCCUAAAGUUGGCUAAACAUGACCCACAUGUGAAUUUUAAUUUUCAGAAUGUUUUUCUGAGUUUAUAUGUGUACAAGUUUUUUUGUGCCUUUUUGUUUUAUUCAGAAAUGUGUUUAUUUUUUGAAAACUAUUUCCUAUUGAUUUAUCCUGUUUCGAGUGAGACUCAAAUUUCAGAAUAAACUGACACCUGCUCACAA